AUGUUCCUCGACAUGAAAUCCAUCGUCCUCUACGGACUGAUGGCUCUGGCCCAUGCUUCUCCCCUUCCCGAGCUCAGCAAGCGGGCCAAACUCGGCGAUUUCAAGUGCCCCGAUGGUACCACCCUGUCUGAACUUGACAUCCGCGAGGCCUUUCAAGAGUGCCGCAAACACAACGACGGCUCUGUCGGCAAGUACCCGGCCAAAUUUGGUAACAAGAACAACAACGAAAAGGUAUUCAGCAAUAUUCCCGACAGCACCGCUCUGCGGGAAUUCCCCAUUAUUGUGGGUGGAAAGUACACUAGCGGCGUACCUGGCAAGUACCGUGUGGUCACAGACUACAAUAAUAACCUUGGCGACUUCCGUGCAUACCGGCGCAGCCGCUGGCGGGGCCUAUACGGCCUGCACGCGCGUCACGCCCCCAAGCCUGAGACCGGCAAAGAUAAAGGGGGCAAGAAGGGUAACAGCAAGGAGCGCAGCGUCCAGGCGACUGAGGCUGAGAUCGCCGAGGAAUCCACCAGCCACACUGUCAACGACCUGGCUACCCGCGCAAAGAAGAAGAAGAUCGGUAGCGCUAACUGUGAAGGCACCACGCUCUCUAAGAACGAUGUCGCCAAUGCUUUCAAGGAGUCCAAUAAGGGGGGUGACCGUCGCGUCGGCAGCUACCCGCACAAAUUCGGUAACAAGAGCGCUGGAGGCCAGGUCUUUAACGGCGUCACCAAAGACCUGCGCGAGUAUCCUAUCCUUAAAGGUGGAACUUGGACUGGCGGCCCACCCGGCAAAUACCGUGUUGUCACCGACUACAAGAAUAAUUUUGUUGGAGUCAUGCUUGAAAAACCUGGUGCUACUUUCAUCCGUUGCACUGUCAACGCUGAUUAG